UUUGAUUUUUUUCAGACAGAUGAAGUGUUUCUGGAAGCUCAAAUUCAGAAUAUCACUACCUCUCCAAUGUUUAUGGAGAAGGUUUCUUUAGAACCGUCAAUGAUGUACAAUGUUGCAGAACUGAACACAGUUGACACAGCAGGGGAAAGUGAGUCUACUUUUGGUGCAAGGACUUACUUACAACCUAUGGAUACACGUCAAUAUUUAUACUGUCUAAAACCAAAACAAGAAUUUGCAGAGAAAGCUGGAGUAAUAAAAGGUGUAACAGUGAUUGGUAAACUAGACAUUGUAUGGAAGACUAAUCUGGGUGAACGAGGAAGGCUGCAAACUAGCCAGCUCCAAAGAAUGGCUCCUGGUUACGGUGAUGUAAGGCUUUCAUUGGAGACAAUACCAGAUACUGUAAAUUUGGAAGAACCUUUUGACAUUACAUGUAAAAUAACAAAUUGCAGCAGUGAAAGGACUAUGGAUCUGGUUUUAGAAAUGUGCAAUACUAAUUCCAUCCACUGGUGUGGAGUUUCAGGAAGGCAACUUGGAAAGCUGCACCCAAGUUCAUCCCUCCAUCUUGCACUUACAUUGUUGUCUUCAGUGCAGGGAUUGCAGAGUGUCUCUGGCCUAAGACUUACAGACACGUUUUUGAAGAGAACGUACGAAUAUGAUGAUAUUGCACAAGUUUGUGUAGUUUCUUCAGAAAUCAAGCAAAGCUGAAGAAAAAAAUUCUAUA